AUGGCGCCUGUCAAAAUAAUCCAUCACACCAGCUCUGCAUCCCUGUCGCUCCAUUCGAUCGCCGAAAGAGGCGGCCACAAGCGCAACUGGGCGAAUAGGAAUCGCGGGGUCGUGCUUGUCUUCUGCAUCGUGUUUCUGGUUGUAGUUGGAAUCAUGGCACUCUUUGCAUACCGACGAAUGUUGAAACGGAAAGCCGACAAGGAGUCAUAUGAGACGACGCGUGAUUAG